UCUCUGUGUCUGCGUAGGUUUCCUCCCACAACCUAAAGAUAUGCGGUUUGGGUGGAUUGGCCACGCUAAAUUGGCCGGGGACGUGGGGGUAACACCGGAGGGAAGCGGACUUUUUUGGGCCACGAUUUCAGCUGGACGAGCAUUGAAAUCUAGCUAUCUGAGAAUUAACGCAGACCUUGAAAUAAGUCGAAUUCCUAUCGCUGUGAUAUUUUGGAGCCAAAAUAGCGAUCGCCCGCUUGGUGAAGAGAUUUGAAUUGUAACUGAAGAAGCAAUAAACGCCUUAUCGAGGAGGGAAGGGACCAAAAGGACAAAGCACAGGCAGAAGAAGCAUCGUCUCCCUGGGAAGAAGGGAUAAGUGGCAUUGAAAUUGCCAACGACAACUGUAGAGACAGAGAUAAAUACAUUUUAAGUGCUUCAGAAAACCCACCAUGACUAUAACGGAGAUGAACAAAUUUAACAUUAGUCCUGAUGACGACAGCAGCAGUACGAACAGCAACGAAUACAACUACACGGCAAAUGCUACCACGAAAAAGGUUCCGAUCAGCAGUCAGUAUGUCGAUAUCGAUGCAGAAAGUCAAAAUUUUCUGCCAAAUUUGUACUAUGGAAAAAAGAAAUUUGAAGAAGAAUAUAGGGCUGGGAAUACUUCGUUUGGCAUUUCUGCAUUUAACCUGAGCAACGCAAUCAUGGGCAGCGGAAUUCUUGGCCUGGCUUAUGCCAUGGCUAACACUGGAAUUGCACUUUUUGUGAUCCUUUUGAGUGCUGUAGCAAUAUUUUCAUUAUAUUCCAUACAUCUUUUAUUGAAGACUGCAAAAGAAGGAGGUUCACUGGUCUAUGAACAGCUGGGUCUCAGAGCAUUUGGGUUGCCUGGGAAAUUGGCAGCAUCUAUUUCAAUCACAAUGCAGAACUUUGGAGCUACAUCAAGCUACCUCUACAUAGUGAAAUACGAGCUACCAAUAGUCAUUCAAGCUUUCCUGGGACUUGAGGAAAACACUGGACACUGGUAUCUGAAUGGCAACUACUUGGUCCUUAUGGUGUCUUUAAUCAUAAUUCUUCCACUGUCUCUUCUGAAGAACCUAGGUUAUCUGGGCUAUACCAGUGGACUGUCACUUCUUUGCAUGUUGUUCUUUCUAAUCGUUGUGAUUCACAAAAGCACUCAUAUCCCUUGUCCUUUGCCUGAUCUGGAGCAAGUCGAGAAUGCAACUUUGAAUGCUACCUUAAUGAUGGCAGCAACAGCUGCAUAUAAAACAGUUACAAGUGGAUCCGAUGCUGCUUUCAUAUACAAUGCAACAGAUGAGGGAACCUGCAAACCAAAGUAUUUCAUCUUCAAUUCACAGACUGUCUAUGCUGUACCAAUUCUGACAUUUGCAUUUGUGUGCCAUCCUGCUGUCCUUCCCAUCUAUGAAGAACUGAAAGACCGGUCCCGCAAGAAAAUGCAGAGAGUUUCCAAUGUUUCAUUUCUGUUUAUUUUUGUUAUGUACCUGACGGCUGCUCUCUUUGGUUACUUGACCUUCAAUGAAAAUGUUGAGCCAGAAUUGCUUCAUACUUACUCAAAAGUGUACAGAUUUGAUGUUGUCCUCCUUAUUGUUCGGCUGGCCGUGCUCGUAGCUGUCAUUCUGACAGUACCAGUUGUUCUAUUUCCAAUUCGUACCUCUGUUCAGCAGCUGCUAUUUUCAAGCAAAGAAUUUAGUUGGAUACGUCACACUAUAAUCACUUUUAUAAUUCUGGGUUCCAUUAAUUGCCUGGUGAUCUCUGUUCCUACCAUUCGGGAUAUCUUUGGGUUCAUAGGCUCCUCUGCUGCUUCUAUGUUAAUUUUCAUUCUGCCUUCUGCGUUUUACCUCAAACUUGUAAAGAAAGAACCUAUGAAGUCAAUGCAGAAGAUUGGGGCAUUAAUUUUCCUCAUCAGUGGCAUAUUUGUUAUGUUUGGAAGCAUGACACUCAUCAUUCUUGACUGGGCCCACCAUGCACCAACCAGUGAUGGGCACUAAGCUGCUACAGAAGUAAACCACGUACUCAACUCAAAGGAAGAAGAGGCGUUCUACAAAUUCUUCUCCCAAAGUACCAUAUUUAUUUCUCGCCCUUCAAAAAUUCCAACAAAAUCAGGAAGGCAGACUUCACAUGUGCUGUCUUCCUAAGAGAUAGGAAUCAUUUUCCAAAGAGUAGGUUAUUUAUAAAAUGUCAUUAUUGAGUAAUGUGGGACCCAAAUAGGACUAAAUUGGUGUAUAAUAUGUAUUUAUAAGGCCAUAAGCUUGGCAGAACAAAAUAUUACAGAACCCAUAUUUGAAGAUACAGUAUCUAAAUUCCUGUAGCUGUGCCUGAAUGUUUCACUGUAUAUUCGUAGGUUUAAAAAGUAGCACGUAAACAUAUAAUAAUAUUUUUCACCUUUUUUAAGAAAAGGCUAUAUGUGGGUAUAGUUCAUUGACUAGUUCAAUUUUACGACAGUAAUCUGAAUCUUUAAUUGAGAGUUGUUUACUUCGGUUCAGAAUGUAAUAUUUAUAAAAAUAACACAUUGACAGAUUUAGGUAAGAUAACAGAAAAUUCUUACUCUGAAACAGCCCAGCUUAUCUGAAUGAAGUGCUUGAACAUCCCUUAAUUCGCAAGGCACAGACAAUUGGAGCUUGAGAAAACAAUGUAUAGAGUUAAGCAUGUUAUUGUGCCUUGUUGAAAAUUUAGCAUGUUCAGAGUAUUUCUGUGAAGCUGGACUCUUGUUUAACAAUGCUGUUUGUUACAGUGCUACAAGGUGUAUAAGUAUGAGAAAAUUAGCAUCUAGAGUCUAAAUUAACAAAGUGACUGAAAUUGAUUUUGCAUUUUUCAAAUGCAUUUCAUACUAUAUGUUCAUUACAGUUGCAGACCUUAUUCAGAUCUGCCAGGUAUUUAUUCAAUUACAUAAAGAUUAAUCUGUUCUGACUAACUUUCCAGCUUGCUGUCAGCAGUUGCUGGACACGUGGGAGAAGGGUCUGUAUUUGUGGUGUGCCAUUUUGUAUUGUGCUAAUAAGCCUCAGCAGUACACUUUAUGCAGCAUUCAAUAUAGGCACUACAAAAUGCACUCAUGACAAUGCAUGAGCAGACAAACCACCACUACAUUGUCCCUUCUAUAUCACAUGUCUGAAACCAAACAAUUGUUGGGAACUAAAAUUGUGUUAUUGUAAUGAAUAUGGUACCUUUAUCAACACUGAAGCUGUAAACAAAUCACUUAACUAUUCACUCUCUGUCCCUUUGGGAGGAGGCAAUGGCCUAGUGCUAUUAUUGCUGGACUGCUAAUUUAGAGACCCAGAUAACAUUCUGGUGACCAGUUUCAAAUCCUACCACAUCAGAUGGUGGAAUGUGAAUUCAAUUUACACCUGGAAUUAAGAAUCUAAUGAUGACUAUGAUUCGAUUGUCAGGAAAAACCCAUGUGAUUCAAUAAUGUCCAUUUAGAGACAUCCUUACUGGGUCUGGCUUGCAUGUGACUCCAGACCUGCAGCAAUGUGGCUGACUCUUAACUGCACCCUUGGCAAAUCAGGAAUGGGCAAUUAAUGCUGCCCUAGCCAGCAAUGCUCAUGGAUGAAUAAAGGAAAAAAAAAAUUCCUCUGCUGUCUAUCACCAUUACUGAAGUUUUAACACUGUCACUGAUAAAGGACAACCAUGUAGAGAAAAAAUGGCAACUGUAGAAGUCAGAAAGAGGACCUAAAACAUGAAACUACAUUAAAAAUAGCAUUGUAUUUCAGUAUUUGUUUAUAAAACCUUACUGAUUUUCUGCCUCCCAGUGUUGUAGUGUUAUCCUGCUGUCACCCUGGUUACUUGAAAGAAAAGUUACACAUUGUGCUUCCUAUGACAGUUUAAUUGACGAUGAUAUGUUUUUUUUAAUUUGCUUUUUGUCAUGGAAUAUUUAUAGACCUGGAGGAUAUCAGUGUAAUUUAACAUAUUUAUGACCAUGUAAAUAUAAAUGUAUAUAAUCUUGGAUAAUGUGUACAUAUAUUGCCAAUAUUUAAGAGGUGUUAUGGUUCCAUGAAGUCCUUGUGUGAACAGUUAAUGGACUCUUUAUCAUCAAGUCAGCAAAAGCUACAACAAAGGCUGUUUGAAGAACUUCAGCUGACCACUGGUGGAAGGAGCUCUGUUUCAGUGCAUUGCUCACGUAAACUUAUCUAAUACAAUGUCAAGUGCUAAAACAGUGUGAUCAUGCCAAAAUGGUGAAUGAACUGGCACAGUGGAACUGUAAUAAGUGACUGAGCAAUUGCAAGUUCUGGAAUACUGGUCGCUGCUGUCAAACAGAACCUCAGUUGUGUUGAAACCAUAUCUGAUGGAAGAGAUUUGAGUAAAUUGUACCGAAUGAAAAUCAAUAAUUGAGGGAUUUGCUGUUACAGACAACCCGAAACAUGCCCUUUUGUAAAGUGAAACACUGGCCAAUUGAUAAGAUAUCUUUGGGGAAAAAUGUUACAAAAUGCAUAUGGAUGAACUGUGGCUACUACUGAAGUUCAUGCUUGAAAAAAACACCAGAGCUUUAGCUUUAGCAUUGAUUAUUGCUUGUAUAAUUCACCUUAAAAAUUUGUAUCAGUGCAAACAUGCAGUGCAGCAAGCUUAAAGCAUGUCUGCUGCUUUUAGCCUAUUCUUUUAGUUAAUGUGGUUAGAAUGUAUUCAUGUAUGUUGCAUUUUCAGACACUGUUAAAAGUUUUCCCUGAAUUAUGUAAAAGUCACCUUUUGUAUGUAUAUUUCUAAGCCGUUAACUGUGAAAGGCUGACAAUGUGGAUGGAGGGACUUUGGUUGUUAACAAAGAGAGUCCAUUAUUGCCAAUGCAACAUUCUUGUUUCAAUGAAACACUGAUUGUACUGUAAAUAUUGUAAAUAAAAAGAUACUCUGAAACAAUUAUUCCAUCUA